AUGUCUGACGACGAAGUUUUUGACAUUGCUGGCUCUCUUACCCUUCAGGGUAAAGAGUAUGACUCCAACUCGAGUUCUGGCUCCGACUUGAGCGAUAACGAAGAGAUCAAGGAUAUCAUCUCCUCUGACGAUGAGGCCGAUGAGGUGCCCUCCAAGAAGAGAAAGUCUGCCUCAAAGCCAGCUGACGCUAAUUCUUUUCCAAGUCUUGAACUUUCAGACGAUGAGGAGAACACAAAGGCUGCUCAGGACUUGUCGACUUAUUUUUUACAAAACAAUCCCACAGCUAAGAAAGCAAAGGCCGGCUCGUUUGCAUCCUUCGGUCUCUCAAAGCAUGUUUUGAUCAGCAUUGCCAAAAAAGGCUUUAAGCAACCGACUCCGAUCCAGAGAAAGACUAUUCCACUUAUUAUGGAAGGGCGUGACGUGGUUGGUAUGGCCAGAACGGGUUCUGGUAAAACCGCUGCAUUCGUGUUACCUGUGGUUGAGAAGCUCAAGUCGCAUAGUGCCAAAGUUGGGGCGCGAGCUAUCAUCUUGUCCCCUUCAAGAGAAUUGGCUUUGCAGACUUACAAGCAGGUUAAAGAAUUCAGUCGAGGCACCGAUUUACGUUCAUUGGUGCUCAUAGGUGGUGACUCCUUGGAAGAUCAGUUCUCGGCUAUGAUGACUAACCCCGAUAUCAUUGUCGCCACCCCUGGUAGAUUCUUACAUUUGAAGGUGGAGAUGCAGUUGGAUCUCAGCACCGUGGAGUACAUCGUGUUUGAUGAAGCUGACCGUUUGUUUGAGAUGGGUUUCGCAGAACAAUUGAAUGAGUUGAUUGCAUCUUUGCCUGAAACAAGACAAUCGCUUCUUUUCUCUGCUACACUACCGAGAUCGUUAGUUGAUUUUGCUAAGGCAGGCUUAACGAAUCCUGUCUUGGUACGUUUGGAUGCUGAGUCAAAAAUCUCUGAAAAUUUGCAGAUGGCAUUCUUCUCUGUCAAAAGAAUUGAGCGUGAAGCCGCAUUAUUGCAUAUUCUUCAGGAGGUUGUAAAGCUUCCCUUGGCGACCGAAGAUGAACUAAAGAAAAUCAAGGCCGAAUCUAAGAAGUCUGAUGAAUUCUCUGACGAAGAUGAUAACGAUAAAAAAAGUAAUUCUCGUAAGAAGAAGAAAUUCAAAAAAGAGAAGCUCCCACCUGCCAAUCUUCUACCAUCAGAGCACUCCACUAUUGUUUUUGUUCCCACUAAGCAUCAUGUCGAAUACAUUACCGGACUUUUGAGGGACGCUGGCUACUUAGUAUCUUACAUUUACGGUUCUCUUGACCAAAGAGCCAGAAAAGAGCAACUUUAUCGUUUCCGAAUUGGACUUACAAGUUUACUUGUUGUUACAGAUGUUGCUGCUCGAGGUAUUGACAUUCCUGUAUUGGCUAAUGUUAUCAACUUUAGUUUGCCGGCAUCACCGAAGAUUUUCAUUCACAGAGUGGGAAGAACUGCAAGAGCAGGUAACAAAGGUUGGGCGUACUCAAUUGUCAACGAGAAGGAGCUUCCAUACUUACUCGACUUGGAGCUUGUUUUAGGUAAAAAAAUCUUGCUUACUGCAAUGCAUGAAAAGAAGUGUGAGCUUCUCAAAGAGCAAAAAGGUGAUCAGUACGAAGAACCUAAAGUCUCAUACACGGACAGGCUUGUCUUGGGCUCGCUUCCACGUGGGCCCUUGGAAGCUUUUGAAGAGAUGUUUGAUAACAUCUUGAAAAAUAAUUAUGACGUGAAGACAUUAAAGGAUGUGGCUGCUAAAGGCGAGAAGCUUUAUCAUCGCACUAGACAAGCGGCUUCAGCAGAGUCUGUCAAAAGAACAAAAGAGCUUUUGGAAACUGACGCUUGGGAUGAUCAGCAUCUACUUUUUGGACCAAACUUAGAGAAGGAGAAGGAGAAGUUCUUGGCCAAACUUGGUCAAAGACACGUCAAAGAGACAGUUUUUGAAUUCACGAAGAAGGGAAGAGAAAAAGAAGAAGACGGUUUGGUCGAGUUGAUGCAUAGAAGAAGACGCCAAAUUGCUCCGCUCCAACAGAAAGCCAAGGAAAAGAGAGAGUUGCUUGAAAAAGAGCGUGCAGCAGGGUUGACCCAUACUAUUCAAGACGAAAUCUUGAAGGCUGAUGCGGGUGAGGUUGGCUACGCGGUCAAGUCAGUGGAAGCCGAUGAGGAUGAGUUGCAAGAUGCGUUUGAAGAUGCUGACGAGCUUUUUGCCAAAAAGAAGAAGGAAAAGAAGACAUUCAGAGAUCCAAACUUUUACAUGAGCCAUCAUGCACCUGCAGCAGAAGCUAUUGAAGAUAAGCAUUAUGGCUUGAGCUCUUUCGCAAAUGACGCUGCUCAUGCUACGUUUGAUUUGGACAAUGACGACAAAGUACAAAAGCAAUCUCAGGUCAUGAGAUGGGAUAAAAAGAAAGGCAAGUACAUCAACUCUAAAUCUGCUGAUGACACAAAAUAUAUCAUUAGUGAGUCUGGUCAAAGAAUUCCCGCCUCGUUACGCUCAGGUAAAUUUGACGAGUGGAGGAAGAAAAGAAACAUCCUGUCUGCUCACGCAGGAAUGGCGGAGAAUUCUAAUGAUGGCCCUCAAAACAAACGUUUCAAGCACAAGAAGGUCGCUGCUCCAAAACUACCAGACAAGUUCAGAGAUGAUUAUCACAAGCAGAAGAAAAAGGUGGAUAAGGCUUUGGAAUCUGGAGUGAACGUCAAAGGAUACAAUAGACCAGGACAAAAGGAGGAGUUGAGACUGACUGAACAGAUUAGGAAGAUGAGACUCCUCAAGGAAAAAAGGAAGGCUAAAAAUGCUCGUCCAAGUAAGGGUAAAAGAAGGUGA